AUGUCUCAAUCGCAGUCCGAACUCGUGAAGGACGCCAGGCUGCCCACUAAACUCGACCCCGAACGUACCACCCACACCUUUCUCGAAACAAGCCACAUCGCAGGCCUUGCAGGCCGUCGCGCUCGGCGCCGAGAGCGUGAAGAGGUAUGGCAGAGACAAAGACCUCUUGAAAUCGACACUUUUAGCACCGUCUGGUUGGAGAGAUGCGUAUCCGAUAGCGGAGGCAACCUGCGGGCUGUCAGGGAGGUGCGCAGGGUCGGUCGAAACUCCUUGCUUAUCGACUAUACUCGUGAGCUAGAAGCAAUUACCAAGCUUUCGCAGCAGAAGUACGAUGGCUGUUUCGUGAAAUCAUCUGGAUGGUUCGAUAACGAUGAGUCGCUUUUUAUCACGAUGGAAUACCUUCCGGCUGGUGAUCUGCAAAGAUACAUUGUUCAACCUUUCUCGGAACGAGAGGCUCAGAGUAUUACGCUCCAACUUCUCGAGGGCCUGGAUUUUAUGCAUAGUAAUGGCUUUUCACAUCGGGAUCUCAAGCCUAAGAACAUUUCCGUGCUUUCGGCAGGUCCUGACUGGUGGGUCAAAAUCGGUGACUUUGGUAUCAGUAAACGGGUCAUGGAAGGCUUAACUGGUCUUCAAUCAUUCAACGGCACGCCAGCUUUUACUGCACCGGAAGUCUACCAACACACAUGGCAGCCUCGCGAAACAAUUCAAGAAAUUAACUCAUAUUUCGCCCCGGAGGUGGACCUGUGGUCAAUUGGCGCGAUCAGCUAUUACCUGCUCACGGGACAAUUGCCUUUUUUCUAUCAAAAAGACUUAUUUGCAUACCAGAGAGGUGAAAUAGAGUUACCAUUAGGCGCUUUAGGUCAAUUUCAAGCUAGUCCGGAAGCCUUGUUGUUCAUGAAGGCCAUGCUUGUCUCGGAUCCUUCUAGUCGUUUACCUGCUCGAGAUGCGUUGGAUCAUGCGUGGUUGAUUCCCUUACAACAUGAUUCAGAGCCAGAAUUUGAAGGGGAUAGUCGAGGAGUAGUCCAUACUACUCGCACAGAGGAGACAAAACUACCUACGACACAAAUUCAAAAUCCAGAAAGGCUAACCCAGGCAUCCCGAGACGUCCUACUCUCAGGAACAAUCGACUUGACUACAACCCACCAGAAUAGUCUCACCGAAGAUAACCCCCCCGCAACUCCCAUUACCAUUCUCCCAGAGUCUCGGAUUUGA